GAAGCAACUCGACCCACCCGGCCCUCCCUCUAUUUACGGUUUUAGAUUAUUUUCUACCUUCUCCGCAGAAAUACAUUUCACCGUCUCUUUUGUGCACAUUGCUGAUAGUACAACAAACCACUCCAGUCCUCUCUCUGUCUGCAAAAACCAACCCCUUUUGCGGAAAUCACUCUAUUUAUCUUCUUCUAGUAGGUUCAAAGAUGUCGGCGGUGGUUCAACUUCGCUGCUCUUCACUUCCAGCCCACUAUCACUAUCAAACUCGUUACUUUUCUGCUGUCAAACCCACAUUUUCAGACAACAGUUGCGUCAGAAAUCUUAGCUUUAACCCAUUAACUACCAGCCAUUUGGGUUCUAAACAAUUGCUUAUCAAGUAUCAAGUUCCUUGUGCUGGGUGUGGGGGUGGUGAUGGAGGAAGCAUUGGCAUUGGUGGUGGUGGCGGUGGUGAUGGGGAUUCGGGUGAUGGGGGACAUUCAGAUGAUUCCUGGGACAGUUUUGGACCAAUUGGUGCUUUUCUUAAUGGCUGGAGAUCUAGGGUUGCUGCGGAUCCACAAUUCCCUUUUAAGGUUCUUAUGGAGGAAUUGGUUGGUGUCACUUCUGCUGUCAUAGGAGACAUGGCAUCUCGUCCUAACUUUGGCCUUAAUGAAUUGGAUUUUGUGUUUUCCACACUUGUCGUUGGUUCCAUUUUGAAUUUUGUGUUGAUGUAUAUAUUGGCACCAACAGCAUCUGUUUCUAGUCGAGAUCUGCCUUCAAUUUUCGCCAGUUGCCCACCAAGUCACAUGUUUGAGCCUGGGGCUUACAGUUUAUUCAGUAGGGUUGGGACAUUGGUCUACAAAGGAACUCUCUUUGCUGCAGUUGGAUUUGCUGCUGGACUUGUUGGAACUGCAAUUUCUAAUGGCUUAAUCAAGAUAAGGAAAAACAUGGAUCCUAAUUUUGAGACGCCAAAUAAGCCCCCUCCAACAUUUCUAAAUGCUGCAACAUGGGCAACUCAUAUGGGUGUCAGCAGUAAUUUAAGAUACCAAACGCUUAAUGGAAUUGAGUUCUUGCUAGACAAAGCUCUUCCUCCAGUGGUUUUUAAAACGUCCGUUGUGGUUUUGAGAUGCUUGAAUAAUGUUCUUGGGGGAAUGUCAUUUGUCAUGUUGGCAAGGCUGACUGGUUCUCAGAGUGUAGAUAAAGGGGAGCUAGUUACUGUGAAAGAUGAUGGAAUAAAGGUAGAGAAAGAGAGGUUGCUGAAUCAGAGCGACAACAUACAAACUGGUCAUUCUGUUUCAAAGUGAAUCGGCUUUGUGUGUAUCAAUAUCUAUCUAGUUACAAUCCCCCAAUUCAGCUUAGUCAGUUUUUGCCCCUUACUAUGAAUUAUGAUCAUAAAUAAUGAGUAGUAGUGUUUAGCUUCUCUGACUUCAUGUCCUUUAGGAGUUUUGAGUUUGUGUGUCCUGUCUAGCUUUCCUUUUCAGUGAUGAUAGAACCAGUUAUUUGUUGGUGCUGAUUAUGAUUUAUGUCCAUUUGUAUGUUAAACAUGACAUUCAUGCUUGCAACUGACACUAUGCCCAAAUCAUGUUAAAGGGAAGUAGCACCGUUUUCCGGUCCUGCAGCAUAGAUAAUUUCUUUUAUUCAGUCUUGCGUUACUGCUGAUAUAGCUAUAGUUUUGAUGGUGUAUGGGUUCUUUCUUUUUAUGGAUAUACAUAUUUUAAAUGAAAUUUUAUGAGUGUCCUACUAAAUAUAGUAUCACUAGAGUUAGUUGUGGCAGAGAAAGUGUUCUCACCUGCCAGUAGAUGCUCAGGAAAAGCAAAAGAUGAAGAAUUUGGAAGCAGUUCAUUGCCUGUGGGAGCUUGGUGGUAGCGAGGAAAUCACAGUCGACAAAAGAAAAUGUAGAUUCCAAAUGAAGAAAGGUAUAACAAUCUGCAGUACCUUCCACCUGUUUCAUUAUAAAUCAGCACAACAGUUAGAGACUCUUCAAAUUGUAGACUCAUUUUGAUGGUAGUUUAGUUCACUGUAUCAUUGGAGUACCAACAUAUUUUCAUGAUUGAUAAUUUCAAAGAGGAGAAACUAAGGGAAAACCAGGAUACGAGCAGCUGAAACAACCACUCCACAUUUUAACUAAAGCCGAUUUGCCGGGCAGCAUUGUGGAUAUUAGAUUGAGACAGGCACAGGAAAUCAUAGGGGAGUUGCUUAAGCCUGUGGAUUACAUAAAGAGACGGCAGUUGUGUAAACUUGCGAUGCAAAAUUCAAAAUUCAGGGAAGAGAGCCCUGGACCAAGUGGCAGUGUCUCUCCUUUCAAUACUAGUGGCAUGAAAACGUCCCAAAAUGAGGAAUUGAAGGUGUUGAUGGUGAGAGAUGUUUGUACAAUUAGAGGCAUGCCUCUCAACAUACAUCAUGUCUGCUUCACUACCUAAACCCAAACUAUAAACAGACACGCAGGUCAUUGUGGGUGAUGUUGCUUUGGUUGUGGGUUAUAGUUAUUUUUUUCCAAUCAACUACAGAAAUGACAUGAGAGUAAAAAGGAAAAUGAUUAUCCAAAGACACCAAAUAUUGGUGCUUUGACUGGAGCUGGAUUUGUGUAUUCACCUACUAGUGUAACAUGUAAUAUUUUAAAUUCUUUCUUGGAUGAUUGUAUUUGUUCGUCUGUUUGUUUCUUAUGCUAAAGAAAUAAGAAUGGCCCAAUUAGUGAA